CGUCAGUCGUCGCGCGUACUCAGUGCGAACCGUGCAGGAUACAACCCUCUCUCAGGUAGUGCUGAUGUGUAUCUGCUAGUGAACUACCAGCAUGUCGUCUACUGUGCUGGUCUGUGUGGCUUGUCUGGUGCUGGUCCAGGGGGUGCUUUCUCAGCAGCCCAGCCCCGCCUCGCCCGCCCCAGCCCAGCCGGCGACUUCGGACACCACGCCCGUCCCUCCUACCAUCGACGUGGGUGCCAUCAGGGACGCGAUGGCCAUCAGCUACUACCCAAGCCGGAGAGAGCAGCAGUCCAAGCUGGAGGACGACACGAUACGAUUGCCGGGAUCGGACGGGGUGGCCAGCAAACCCACGAAGUACCACUACUACCCACACAACCAGCACAUAUACUUGCUGCCCGAGUGCGCCGUACAACAGGUGUGUAACGCCGUCUACGUCCGCCUCAACUUCACCCAGCCGCUGUGUGCAUGUCCCUCAAGAUACCGCGAGCCUUGCUCUGCUAGCCUCAACUCCGACGAUCUCCACACCACCGAGCUGACCAUGGACCCCAAGGGCAAGAUCCUGACGCUGGUGAAGACUUGUGAGCCUGUCGCUGACAUGAGGAUGUGCAGGGUUCCGAGGGACUGGAGCCUCCUUGCUCUCCAGAAUAUCCGUACCGGCAAAUCCCACUACCUCGUCAUCUGUCGAUGUCCGGAUACCAGUGUACUAGAAGGCCCCAUGAGCCACGACCAGCCGACCUAUGCCAGUGUGCCUGGUAUCCGGGUUUAUGGCAUGAUGUGCGUCAACAAGGCCAACAACAGCACCAAGCGAAGGGGCCGGCCAAUGCGGUACACAAGGAGUUUAAGGAUUAGAGGUCCGAAACCACCAUUCCCCUGGGACAAAGUGACAGAGAUGCUAGGAACCAUGGAUUUGGACUGAACAAGUGAAUGUCUGUGAUAGAAUCCAGAACUAGAAUUUUAAAGCCACCCGGAACUAUUCAUGCUCUACAACUCAUUUGAUUCAAAGCUAUCAGGAAGUUAAGUUCGUAGGAAAAUUUGUUUCACUUCUCAAACAAAAUCAUCUAAUUACAAAAAAAGUGCUUAGAUAAUUUUUGUAAUUUAUUUAAUGGAUCUCUCAGGAUACAAACACUUUGAGAAGGAUAAUUGAAGUUGGAAUCAGUGAAAAAUAAAUUCUGAUGCAAAAUUGACGUAACCGUACACUACUGCACCUUGAUCAAAGUUUAUAAUGUUCCUGGAAGCAUGUAUCAGUUCCUGGGAAACUGAAGAACCAAAUGAAGACACGGGUACAACCGCUCAGCGCGUGUAACUAACUUAGCUUUAAGGACUCUGUGUUUUAUCAUUAAUUUUAAAGGACAUUACUAUUAUUUAUUGUACUGUAGUUAAGUUUGUAUUUAGGUGAAUAUUUAUCGUGGCUAUGAAACUUAACCGUUUUCCAGUUUUCAAUAAGUGAGCAUGCUUUUUGAUAAACUACAGAAAAGAAAAAUUAUUUUGGUGAUACUUUCAGUAACUGAAAACAAAAAUGUUCACUUUAUGAGAUUCUUUAUGUGAAAAAUUUUGCACCUCCAACAAAAUUGCAACAACAGCUAUUACAUUGUUUUGAGAGUACCUAGAAAUUAAGAACAUUUUGAAUAUCAAUUUUAUUUAACUCAUUUUACAAAGUAUUGAAGACUUGAAAUAAAUACAUACAAUACUUCAGAAUUGUUUAUUUUUCUUGGUAGAAAUUCACAAAAUUUAAACUGUGUUUUAAUUUUGUGAACUAAACUUAAACUAAAUUUAAAUUUAGUUUUACAAUUUUGGUUCUUUAUUAAAGUGAUAUCAAGAACAGAAAAAGUACUAAAAUUAUAAAUUAUCAUUGUAUUAAAAUAUUAUCAUUAUUGCACUAAAUAUUUGAAAUAUUAUUUUUAUUUGCUCAGUUUUAAUUAUA